AAGAAAAAGGAAUUUCGUUAUCAUUUUUAUCCUUGUCUUAUCAUCUUCUGUUAAUUUUCACAAUUUUCACAUUAUUUCAAUUUCGUUAUCGAUUUAAUUAAGUUGAAUUUGAUUAAAUCCAGCGUAUAUAAAACACCAAACGGAAUGCAAUAAAUUCUUUGUGAAGAAUUCAGUGAUUUCAACUUCAAUACAUCACGACUCGCUAAAUAUUCAUCGUUCGUCAAUAUAUCAUCUGCUGAUCCCGCUAUGGUUUCGAUCAGAGCGAUUAUUCUUGGAGCUCCUGGUUCUGGAAAAGGUACUAUUUCAGAAAAAAUUAGAAAAAACUUCAUAAUUAAUUACAUUUCUAGCGGAGACAUUUUGCGGACCAAUAUAGCCAAUAAAACAGAGCUGGGAAAGAAAAUCGAAAGCCAAGUUUCGUCGGGACAAUUAGUGUCGGAUGAUGUGAUGAAUGAUCUAAUCAAAAGCGAACUGAAUAAAACCUCGUUACCAUGGCUUCUAGAUGGAUAUCCUCGUACCCUACCUCAAGCUGAGAAACUGUCGCGAGAUUUUGACAUCAAUUUAGUCCUCAAUUUGGUAGUGCCUUUCGAAGUAAUUAUUGAAAGACUGAAAAGUCGAUGGAUUCAUUUACCGAGUGGCAGAGUGUAUAAUAUUGGUUUCAACGAUCCAAAAACCCCAGGAUUCGAUGAUAUAACGAAUGAACCACUGACACAAAGAGAAGACGAUAAACCCGAUGUUGUUAAAAAGCGGUUAGACACCUAUUCUGCCACUAUCAAUCCAGUGAUAGAUUUUUAUUCCAAGAAAAAUGAUGUAUUACACACAUUUAAAGGUAAUACGUCUAAAGAAAUUUGGAGUGAAUUAUCUCAAUUUUUACUCAAAAAAAUUAAAUUAAUCGACCCUAACUAAGAAAUUUUGAAUGUUGGAAGUUUAAAAUUCACGUGGAAUUAUUCGUUUAUCAUCGAUUUUUGUUUAAAAUUUAUUCAGUAAUAAUUUCGUUUUAUUGGGUAGGUAGAGGUACUUGGUUGAACGUUCAAUUUUGAUGCAUGGAAAUAUCUUAUUAUUAUUGUAAAAAUAUGUUAAUACUUUAUAUGUUAGUUUACGGAUUUAUUCUUCAUGUCUUCCAAAAACCUUCAGUUGUUUUGUGAUCAGUAUAAUGAUGUGAUUAUUCAAGACUUCAUUUUAAAAAAAUUUUGUUCGUCUCUACUUAGAACAUAAUUAUACAUAGGUAGUUAUUCAUAUAUAUUUGUUAUUUAUAUGCGAUAAAAUACAUUUUCCGUUGAUGCGUGUAAAAUGAAA